CUUCCUUCAUAUUUCUAGAUUUCCAAACAAUGAGAGUGGUUUUCUGGUAGAAUUGAUCUUCGAGACUUCGACUAUUUCUCUCAAUUUCUCUGUUUUUUUUUCCUCUCUCUCUUUCUUCCUUACUCUGCUAGCUAUGGAAGGUACUGAGGAUUGCUGUGUAAAAGUUGCUGUUCAUAUACGUCCACUCAUCGGUGAUGAAAGGCUUCAAGGAUGUAAAGAUUGUAUCACCGUCGUUUCCGGAAAACCCCAGGUACAAAUUGGGACACAUCCCUUUACUUUCGAUCAUGUCUAUGGCAGCAGUGGUUCUCCAUCAUCAGCAAUGUUUGAAGAAUGUGUAGCUCCGCUUGUUGAUGGUUUGUUUCAAGGAUAUAAUGCCACUGUUCUUGCUUACGGUCAGACGGGUUCUGGAAAGACAUAUACCAUGGGUACUGGCUUUAGAGAUGGUUGCCAAACUGGACUAAUCCCUCAAGUUAUGAAUGCUCUAUUCAGCAAGAUUGAAAGUUUGAAGCAUCAGACCGAAUUCCAAUUGCAUGUUUCCUUCAUCGAGAUUCUAAAAGAAGAAGUGCGAGACUUGUUGGAUCCAACAUCUGCUGUGAAAUCAGAUUCGCCUAAUGGACAUGCUACAAAAGUAACAGUCCCAGGGAAACCACCAAUACAAAUUCGUGAAACAUCAAGCGGAGUUAUAACGCUUGCUGGAUCAACUGAAGUUGCUGUUUGGUCACUAAAGGAAAUGGCUGCUUGCUUGGAACAAGGAUCAUUAAGCAGGGCAACUGGGAGUACAAACAUGAACAACCAGUCCAGCCGUUCGCAUGCCAUCUUCACUAUCACAUUGGAGCAGAUACGUAAAGUAAGUCCAGUUUUCCCUGGAAAUAACUGUCAAAAUGAGGAUAUGAGUGAAGAAUUUCUAUGUGCAAAGCUCCAUUUGGUAGAUCUUGCUGGAUCAGAGCGUGCUAAGAGGACAGGUUCUGAUGGACUUCGUUUUAAGGAAGGAGUUCACAUUAAUAAGGGGCUUCUUGCGCUUGGUAAUGUAAUAAGUGCCCUUGGAGAUGAGAAAAAGAGGAAAGAAGGCGUGCAUGUUCCAUAUCGGGACAGUAAACUUACUCGGCUUUUGCAGGAUUCACUUGGUGGAAAUAGCAGAACUGUUAUGAUAGCUUGCAUCAGUCCUGCGGACAUUAAUGCUGAAGAAACUCUUAACACUCUCAAAUAUGCUAACCGUGCUCGCAAUAUUCAGAAUAAGCCCAUUGUUAACAGAGAUCCAGUUUCCAGUGAGAUGCAAAGGAUGAGACAACAACUGGAAUACUUACAGGCUGAGCUACAUUGUGCACGUGGGGGAGGAGCUUCAUCUGAUGAAGUCCAGGUUCUCAAAGAAAGGAUUGCUUGGCUUGAGGCUGCUAAUGAGGAUCUUUCUAGGGAGCUUCAUGAACACCGUAGUAGAUGUGGUACCACAGAGCAAUGUGAAGCAGAUUCUGAACAUGGAGCGACUUUUUCGUUGAAAGGUGAAGGGCUAAAGAGGGGUCUGCAGAAUAUGGAGUCCUACGAUUAUCAAAUGGGUGAAAUGAUAACAGUUCCUGCAGGUGACAAUUCCAAGGAAAUCGAUGAAGAAGUUGCAAAAGAGUGGGAGCAUACACUUCUGCAAAAUACCAUGGACAAGGAGUUGAAUGCGUUAAACAAACGUUUGGAGCAGAAAGAGUCAGAGAUGAAGUUGUUUGGUGGAGUCGACACUGCAGCACUAAAGCAACAUUUUGGGAAGAAAAUAAUGGAACUUGAGGAUGAGAAAAGAACUGUGCAGAAAGAAAGGGACCGUUUGUUGGCCGAAGUUGAAAGCCUUGCUGCUACUUCAGAUGGGCAAACACAAAAAAUGCAGGAUGUUCACACCCAAAAAUUGAAGACACUUGAGGCACAGAUUCUGGAUCUUAAGAAGAAGCAAGAAAAUCAGGUUCAGCUUCUAAAGCAAAAGCAACGAAGUGAUGAAGCAGCGAAGCGGUUGCAAGAUGAAAUACAGUUCAUUAAGGCACAGAAGGUUCAACUGCAGCAUAAGAUAAAGCAAGAGGCAGAACAAUUUCGACAGUGGAAGGCCUCUCGUGAGAAGGAACUGCUGCAGUUACGGAAGGAGGGAAGGAGAAAUGAGUAUGAGCGGCAUAAACUGCAAGCGUUAAAUCAGCGCCAAAAAAUGGUUCUCCAGAGGAAGACAGAAGAGGCUGCAAUGGUCACCAAAAGGCUAAAAGAGUUGCUUGAAGCACGGAAGUCUUCAUCACGUGACAAUUCAGUUACCUCGAAUGGAAGUGUGCCAAGUGGCCAGAGCAAUGAAAAAUCCCUACAACGUUGGCUUGAUCAUGAGCUAGAAGUCAUGGUGAAUGUGCAUGAAGUCCGUUUUGAAUAUGAGAAGCAAAGCCAAGUACGAGCUGCCCUGGCAGAAGAGCUUGCUGUAUUGAAGCAAGUGGAUGAGUAUGCUGCAAGGGGGCUUAGUCCCCCAGGAGGAAAGAAUGGAUAUUCUAGAGUUUCCUCCAUGUCACCAAAUGGAAGAAUGACAAGAAUUGCAUCCCUUGAAAACAUGCUGAGCAUUUCAUCAAACACACUUGUGGCAAUGGCAUCACAGCUUUCAGAGGCAGAAGAGCGGGAUCGUGCCUUUACUGGCCGUGGACGUUGGAAUCAUUUGCGCUCAAUGGCAGAUGCAAAGAGCUUGCUUCAGUACAUGUUCAAUGCAGCAGCAGAUGCAAGGUGCCGAUUAUGGGAGAAGGAAAUUGAAAUCAAGGAGAUGAAAGAGCAGUUAAAUGAACUUGUAGGUCUAUUACGACAGAGUGAAGCACAGAGAAAAGAAAUUGAGAAGCAGCAAAAACUGAGGGAGCAAGCUGUUGCCAUUGCCUUGGCUACGUCAGCUUCGGGGAACUCACAUGGUUCACUGAAACACUUCACUGAUGACAUGAGUGGGCCUUUGUCUCCAAUGUCAGUACCUGCACAGAAGCAACUCAAAUAUACAGCAGGCAUUGCUAAUGGCUCAGUUAGAGAUUCAGCAGCUUUCGUGGACCAGUCACGAAAGAUGAUACCAAUUGGACAACUAUCAAUGAAGAAGCUGGCAGUUGUUGGGCAAGCUGGAAAGCUCUGGAGGUGGAAGAGGAGUCAUCAUCAGUGGCUGUUGCAGUUCAAGUGGAAGUGGCAGAAGCCAUGGAGGCUCUCAGAAUGGAUCAAACAUAGUGAUGAGACAAUUGUGAGGGCAAGACCUCGUCAGCAGGUUUUUUCGAAGAUGAUGUGAAAUCUUAUAUUGCCAACUUUUCUUUCCCACACAACUUAGCUUUGACCACUACACGACCCCUAUGGCAUGGAAUGCAGAAAUAGACUGAAGGAAUGCUGUAAAAUGGUGAUGGCACUUGGGAGAACCACAUUUUUGCAGUCUUUUGUCCUAGAAUAGCAAAUCUGGAGUUGGGACAGUUUGCUUAAGUAUUCAUAGAUUCAAGUCAUGUUCACUCUACCAUGGGCAUCUUGUAAAGUGUAGAUGUUUCGAGUGGGUUAACCAAAGUAAUCAAUGCAGAAGACCAGAAGGGUUGGAUAGCCAAGCAGGGACGGUAUUGACACUAAAGAGAAUAUCUGGCACAAGAGGUGUAGAGUGUUAGUGUUGGUUGUUGGGUUUUUUCCGUUGUAACAUUAACAGUGAAAAGAGAGGAAAUUCUUCUAAUGUGUUGUAGCCUUGUAUAUUAUAGGUUCUUAUUGAUUUGUUCAUUUUCAUUAUUAUUUUGUAGUCUGCAAUACAUGUCUGUUUUUAUUGUGUAUAAGAAAAAUAUUAAUUUUGUUGCAAGAAAUUGAGAUCUGUAGCGUUUUCAUUUA